AUGAAUGACAUAAUUGAAAGGGAUAAACUACACGACACCCUCUUUGAACAGUAUAUUGCAACAUGUGGAUGGAGAUGCACCAGAGAUUUAGGCCAGAGCAGACUGCCUAGGUCACAUGCGGCUGAAGAUGACGAAAUGAUUGAGGAUGAUGAUGAAUACGGAGAAGAGGUGUACGAAAGAGAAAGAAAUCAGAAUCAAGACUCACAAGGGUUACAAGGAGGCGAAGUAGCACGGGAAGAAGGAGGAAUACGAAAUGUGGAGGAAGAGACUCGAUAUAUACAGGAGGCCGAUCCUUUAAUACCAUCUGAAACUUCAUCAACCAGCGGGCCCAAUUCUGAAGAAAUGUUUGAAGGUGAUAUCGCAAUUGGAGCAGUGUAUGAAGGAUCGACUGCUUAUGAUUCUGAUGUGGAUUUUGAUUCUGAUUCGUCCGAACAUGAUGAUGAUUUUGAAAACGAUGAUGGGAUGUUUGAAUUUUCAGGUGAAAGGCCUACAUCCAAACUUCAAACACUCUCUAGUGAGAACCUGGUGCCCCCUUUCAGGGAAAACAAGUUUAUCUAUGAGCAAAGAAAUCAAACACCUAGCCCAAAAAACUCAUGGAAUACAUCUAAUGGAAAAGAUACUGGAGUUCCUAUUAACGGGCAAGAUACCAAUGUCAAUUAUGAUAGGUCAGUAUCGGAGGAACCAGCGAGGAGUUUGAGUAACCGACCACAACCUUCAAGCGAUCCAAUGUUCACAUUAGCCAACCAACCCAUGCAGAGGUUUGCCCAAGAAAAGAUAUUGGAUGUCAGAUUUGUUGACAGGUUUUUGUUACCAUCUAACAAUUUCAUUUCUUUCAUGAAUAACCUAACAGCUCUCUAUUCAAGAAACAACUAUAAUAUUCUAUUUCUUGCAACCGGGAGCAAAUUGGAGGUGUACAACCUAGCAGAAGGGAACGAACUAAUUGGCCAUGUCAAUUUACAGUUCUUAUAUGUUACACAUCACCAGCAAUUCAAUGCUAUAAACUAUCUUGUUCCCUUCAGUAUCAACUAUAUUAAAGUAGAUAGAAUGAUAGUCGACGGUAAGUACAUAGAUGUCAUAGGAAUCUGCAAUGAUUAUAGUCAGUUAAUAGUACUGCAAGUGGAUGACUUACUUGAGAAAAUGUUUACAAGCGAUACAAUGGAUGAAAAUGAAUGGAGAGAAUGUUCCAGAAUACAAAACUCAGACGGCAAUGGGCUGGUAUUUGACAUGAAGUCAAAGUAUAAUGAGAGUUUACUAUACAGGUCCGUCAGGCCUUUUACCAAGGCCUUGAUGCUAUCUUCAAGUGUUUGGUGUGUUGCAUUUUACGAGAACUAUAUUGUCACAUCAGACAAUUCUCGGAGGGUGACAAUUUUCAAAGUAGAAGAUAAUAGAGAUUUGGAUGAUUUGUUAUGCAUGUCGGAUGAGUUACGCCAUAAUAUUCCAUCAGUGGAUAUCGUCCGGUCCAAAAGUGAUAUUUUAGUUGUUGCAGGUACAUACAACAAAUACCAAAACAUUCUUGUCUUCAAUAGUAGAUCCAAAUUGCUGGAAAUUGUUGAUGGCAUACAUUUGAAAGAAUCAGUUUGGUCAGUUACGUUUCUUCCAGUUGAGUCAUUUAUGCCUGUCUCAUCGAUGUUUGAGUUGACUGGUGACACUUCGCAGACAGUUGAUGAUAUUUUGAGGCAGAGUGAAAUAUUAAAUGUCGUUGCUGAUCCACGUCAUUCGUCACAUGUUGGGUUAGCUGGUAAAUUUACACAUUUGAAGAUUCCCACAUUUUGUAAUGGAGAAUGUGAAAAGAUAGUGGAUAAUGAACGUGUCCAGCUAACAAGGAAGCGAGAAUUAUUUGAUCGAUGGUAUCUGACACAUCAACGAAACAGUAAGGGAGAGUUGAGGUCAGGAAAUUACGAUACUUCCAUCCUGGAUGAUACUGUUAUCAUAUCCUCCACCACUUCUUCGGUUGCCUUAUUUACAUUGGAUCAGCAGUUGAACAUAGGAACCUGCUAUUCUGCGUUAGGUCACAUUGCCCUUAACGAGCGGUAUGAUUUUUUAAACCGGAUCUAUUUGAAGGUGCCGAUGUUAUCGAUCAAUGCGAUUGCAUUUGCCAGCCAAGCAGGAAGAGUAGGGAUUUUCAGGUUGACAGAGUAUUGUGGACUGUACAGCUUGAGAUUAGAGUGGGUGUUGAUUGAUAAUGAAAAAAUUGAAGGAACGGUUAUUGGGCUUGCUGGCGAUGUCUGUGGCUAUGAUAACGAGGGUAACGAAGAAUGGGUAUUAGUUGUUACCCUAUCGAAUAUGGAAUGCUUGAAGUACAAGAUCAGCAGGAAAGGAAGCGGAAAGCUUGACAUUUUGAGUUUUGUGUAG